AUUGGCUUUCAAUGCCGAUUCAACUAUAAAACCUACUUCUUCUUAAACCCUUUUCUUGUGUGUCUUCUCUCUUCUUCUCUCUUCUUCUUUUCUCAUUCUUUUUCUCUCUACAAUUUUUUUUAAACUUUUUUUGUGAAUAUUUCCAUUUUCCCAUUUCAUGAACAUUGAUUUUCCGGGAAAAUUCGACAUUUUUCUCAGCAAACAAACAGAAAAUUCUUGCAACAUGGACGUUGGAUUCGCGUUAGUUAUAGUAGCGGCAGUAACGGCGUAUCUUCUUUGGUUUACUUUCAUUUCACGGUCGUUAAAAGGUCCUCAAAUGUGGCCAUUACUCGGCAGCCUCCCUGGCUUGAUCGAAAAUUGCGACCGUUUACAUGAUUGGAUCUCCGACAACCUCCGCGCGUGUGGCGGCACGUACCAAACCUGCAUCUGGGCUUUCCCUUUCUUCGCUAAAAAGCAAGGCCUCGUUACUGUCACGUGCGACCCGAGAAAUCUCGAACAUAUUCUCAAAACCCGAUUCGAUAAUUACCCUAAAGGCCCCACUUGGCAAGCUGUUUUUCACGAGCUACUUGGUCAAGGCAUUUUUAACUCCGAUGGUGACACGUGGCUUUUCCAAAGAAAAACUGCUGCUUUGGAAUUUACUACUAGGACCCUUCGUCAAGCCAUGGCUCGUUGGGUUAGCCGUGCUAUUAAGUUGAGGUUUUGCCCUAUUCUUAAACAAGCCGAGUUCAAUUCUGAACCGAUUGAUCUUCAGGAUGUUUUGUUACGUCUUACUUUUGAUAAUAUUUGUGGAUUGGCUUUCGGUAAGGAUCCGAUGACUUGUGCUCCUGGUUUCCCAGAAAACGGCUUUGCUAUGGCUUUCGAUCGAGCCACCGAGGCUUCGUUGCAACGGUUUAUUUUACCGGAAGUGCUUUGGAAAUUCAAAAAGUGGCUUCGGCUUGGAAUGGAAGUCAGCUUGGGCCGGAGCUUAGUCCAUAUUGAGGAGUAUUUAUCCAGUGUGAUUGAUUCACGUAAGCUCGAGUUGCUGAAUCAGCCUAAAGACUCGACCCCACAUGAUGAUUUAUUGUCACGAUUCAUGAAGAAAAAAGAAGGUAAUUACUCCAACGCGUUCCUUCGCCACGUGGCGCUUAAUUUCAUCUUAGCUGGACGGGACACGUCAUCCGUUGCGCUGAGCUGGUUUUUCUGGUUGGUUACAUUAAACCCACUCAUUGAAGAAAAAAUCCUCCGCGAGAUCUGCACUGUUCUGAUUGAGACACGUGGAAAUAACAUCCAAUCAUGGCUUGAGGAGCCGUUAGCAUUCGAAGAGAUCGACCGUCUGAUUUAUCUCAAAGCCGCUCUCACCGAAACCCUAAGAUUGUACCCGUCAGUACCGGAGGAUUCAAAGCACGUCGUCGCCGACGACGUUCUGCCGGACGGAACCUUCGUUCCGGCGGGAUCGUCGGUGACUUAUUCGAUCUAUUCCACCGGAAGAAUGAAGUCGACGUGGGGAGAAGACUGCCUCGAAUUCCGGCCGGAGCGGUGGUUGACGGCGGACGGAAAGAAAUUCAUACCGUACGAUCCGUACAAAUUCGUAGCGUUCAAUGCAGGGCCGAGGAUCUGCUUAGGGAAGGAUUUGGCGUAUUUACAGAUGAAGUCGAUAGCGGCGGCGGUGCUACUCCGGCACCGGCUGACGGUGGCGGCGGGGCAUAAGGUGGAGCAAAAAAUGUCGUUGACGCUGUUUAUGAAGUACGGGCUGAAGGUGAACGUUCACCGGAGGGACUUGGAGGGAAUUGUGGAAAGUAUCAGGGGCAAAUACGGAAAUUCGCAAGAGAAAGAUACUCCGUUAGUCCCCGUUGUGAACGGUAACGGCGGGUGUAACGGAUUUAACGAAGUACAACGCUAAGGGCGUGUUUGGUGGUUCGGUAAAUUUAAGAGGUUAAUUAAAAAAUAUUAUAUAUUUAUAUAUGAGAUGGGCCCAAGCAAUGGCGAUUGCGGAACACGCGCCGGUCAGGUAUUUAACGUGUCUUUCAUUACACGGGAUUGAAAUGAAAUUGCAGGGGAAGGAUAAAGUUACCGUGACGGUGAUGAAAGUCAGUCAUAUAUGAGAGGGGAGAGGUAGUGGGGAUAAUAUUCAUCAAUCUUUUUUUAUUAUUAUUUUUUUAAUAGCCAUUUAAUUCAUGUUUGUUUGAUUCAAAAUGGGUUGAAUGUUUUUUGUCCUUUUUUCCUGUAAUAAUUGUUCAUGGCAAAUUUUCUUUUCUAUACUGAGGUUGAUUUUAUCACCUUAAUCAACUAAUUUGUCAUUAUAAUUUUUUUUCUCUCCUUCAUGAUUUUGAUUUCACUUUUGGAUGAGUGUAAUUUGAAGAAAUUAGUUUAUAUGUAAUUUAAUUUCAUGAUCUA